AUGUCUUGGCUGGAUCCUCCCCGUCAGAACCUGACGCCCACAACAGACUCCUCUAUGGAAGAGUCAUCGAUGCUACGCAUUAUCUGCUUCGGCAACGAGCUUCCACACGAUGAUCUUCAGCACUUGAUGCGUCAACUUCACGUCCAUACUAAGGAUCAGCACCAUGGCCUGGUAGCGCGCUUCAUAUAUGAGGCGACUCAGGUUCUACGAGAUGAGGUUUUGCAAUUACCAACGGCACUUAAGUCUUUGGUACCACCAUACGAGAGUGUUCUCGACCUUUCAAGCAAUUCUGAACUGCGUGCUGGCCCGCUGGGCGCAUCCGUCGAUGGUGUUCUCUUAUGCGCAUUCCAGCUGGCAAGUGCUAUCGGGUUCUAUAGAGAUAGUAACUCCGCCAAUCGCAUACACGAUGCUGGAAACACCUGCUUCGCGGGCCUGGGCAUUGGAUUGUUAGUUGCUGCGGCAGCUGCAUCGGCAUCUUCGCUAGAGAAUUUCGUCUCCGCCGGGCGAGAAGCAGUCCGGCUCGCGUUCCGACUAGGUAUCGUGGUCGGCGAAGUCUCCCGUAAUCUUCACUCCCCAUCGCCAGAUGACCAAGGCGGCGCUCCAGAAAGCUGGGCGUAUGUGGUGCCUGAAGUCACCGUCGAGAACGUACAAGCUGAGCUUGAUGCCUUCCAUCACGCUCAGGCAAUCUCGCUACCCAGCCAAAUUUUCAUCAGCGCUUUUGGCCGGAACUUUGUCACCAUCAGUGGGCCGCCUGGUCGCCUAAAGCACCUCUCCAGUCACUGUGACUUUUUCCGUGACCUCAGGCUGGUGCCUCUACCUGUCUACAGUGGGCUGUGUCAUGCCCAGCAUAUCUACGGCUUUCAAUAUGUGGAAGCCGUCACUCGAACGGCGACUUUUGACGAUUUGGCGGCGGCGCCAGGUGGGAUUCUGUUCUCGACCAACACCGGCAGGCCGUUCGAAGCAGACACGUCCCGCGCGCUCUUUAGCAGUGUGAUCCAGGAGAUUCUCACCUCCGUCAUAAAAUGGGAUCAAGUGGUUCAAGGUAUGGUUGAUCUUGGCUUAAGUUUAAGCGCUUCAAGAUGUCAGAUCUUAGUCGCUAGGCCUUCACUGCCUACGCGUGACCUGGGCGUAGCUCUUGAAUCAAAUCUUCCAAAUUGUAAGACGGAGACUGAAGAUAUGACCCAGUGGAUCGGCAGGCCGGACCACCGUCUCAAUCCCCCCCGAGGCAGGGCUCAAUCCAAGCUGGCGAUUGUGGGUAUGGCUUGCCGAAUGCCAUCUGGUGCUACCGACACCGAGAAAUUCUGGAGGAUCUUGGAGGAUGGUCUGGAUGUGCAUCGUGUGAUUCCUGCCGAUCGUUUUAAUGUCGACACGCACUUCGACCCGCAAAAUCAGCGCAUGAAUGCUAGUUGGACACCCUAUGGCUGCUUCAUAGAUGAACCCGGCCUCUUCGAUGCCGCUUUCUUCAACAUGUCACCGCGGGAAGCACAGCAAACGGAUCCCAUGCAGCGUCUUGCGUUAGUCACAGCAUACGAGGCACUAGAGCGAGCCGGCCAUGUCGCCGACAGGACUCCGGCUUCACAUCGCUCACGUACUGGGACAUUCUAUGGACAAGCCAGCGAUGACUAUCGCGAAGUUAACUCCAAUCAAGAGAUCAGUACCUACUUUAUCACAGGAGGUUGUCGAGCUUUUGGACCGGGUCGUAUCAAUUACUUUUUCAAGUUUUCCGGUCCAAGCUACUCGAUAGACACCGCAUGCUCGUCUUCACUGGCAACUUUGCAGAUGGCUUGCACCUCCCUUUGGAGCAGGGAUACCGAUUGUGCGGUCGUUGGCGGUAUGAACGUAUUGACAAAUUCUGACGCUUUCGCUGGGCUUAGCAACGGCCAUUUCCUCUCCAAGACUCCGAACGCGUGCAAGACAUGGGAUAGCGAGGCAGAUGGCUACUGCCGUGCAGACGGUGUGGGAUCUGUCGUUAUCAAACGACUCGAGGAUGCGCAGGCUGACAACGACAAUAUCCUCGGUGUCAUUCUCGGUGCCGGCACCAACCACUCAGCAGAUGCUGUUUCCAUCACACAUCCAUUGGCAAGUGCACAAGCGGACCUCACUUCUCAGAUCAUGCGCCAAGCCGGCGUAGAUCCACUCGAUGUCAGUUAUGUUGAGAUGCAUGGCACUGGUACCCAAGCUGGGGACAUGCAGGAGAUCCAAUCCGUCGCUGACGUCUUUGCUCCAUCUGCUCGGCGCCGUGCUGCACACCAGCCGCUUCAUAUAGGUGCGGUCAAAUCGAAUGUUGGUCAUGGUGAAGCGGCUGCCGGUAUCACCGCGCUUCUUAAAGUGCUGCUGAUGUUCGAACACGAAUCUAUCCCCAGGCAUGUGGGCAUCAAGCACUCGCUCAAUCCUGCCUUCCCCAUAGACUUGGCCAAGAGAAAUCUGCGUAUCCCACUCGAAGCAACACCAUGGCAGCGAUCAACUGAACGAAAGCGGAUCGCGGUUGUCAACAAUUUCAGUGCGGCGGGCGGUAACUCGGCAGUGCUAAUCGAAGAAGCUCCAACACCCCAGACUAAAACAGCUGACCCUCGAAACACCCAUGUUAUCACUGUCUCAGCAAAGAGCAAAGCCUCCCUAAAAGGCAACGUUGAGCGUCUUCUUGCUUACCUGGAUGGAACCAGAGAGGUUGAGCUGGCCAGUCUCGCAUAUACGACAACUGCUCGUCGCCACCAUUACAACUAUCGACUGGCUAUCGCAGCAUCAAAUGUGGAUAAACUCAAACAACAACUGAACAAAUUCCAAUCAGCGGUUGAUGUGCAUAAGCCUGUGGCAGCCAUGGGCCCACCUCCGGUCGUUUUUGCAUUCACUGGACAGGGAGCAUCGCACAAAUCUUUCAAUCUUGAGCUGUACCACCAUAAUAGCGAGUUUCGCACACAAAUAUCGAACCUGAACGGAAUCGCCCAAGCUCAUGGCUUUCCCUCAUUUCUCCCAGUUAUUGAUGGGAGCCACGCGUCUGAUUCGGCACAUUCCCCUGUCAAGACACAACUUGCCCUGCUUUGUGUGGAGAUCGCGCUAACCAGGUUCUACAAGACGCUGGGAGUGGAGCCGGACGUUGUAGUAGGACAUAGCCUUGGUGAAUACGCAGCUCUUCAUGUUGCUGGCGUGCUGACGGCGGCUGAUGCCAUUUUUCUCGUGGGUCACCGAGCCGCGAUGCUAGAAUCUCAAUGCCGCAUCGGCAGUCACAAGAUGCUUGCUGUACGCGCCGCCACAGAUGAGAUUUCCGAAGUAGCAAAGACCGCACCAUACGAAAUUGCGUGUGUCAACGGACCACGUGACACGGUACUCAGUGGUAGCGUAGGGGACAUCGAUGCUUUAAAGGCUAAACUCGUCCACGCAGGAUUCAAGUGCUUUGAUCUUGACGUCGCCUUUGCCUUCCACUCCUCACAGACUGACCCAAUUCUGGAUGAAUUCGAGGGGAUGGCCAAACGCGGUGUGAUCUUCCAGUCACCGACUAUACCCAUCAUUUCCCCACUUCUUGGUGGCGUGGUGUUCGACGAGAAAACCAUCAACGGCGAAUACCUUCGCCGUGGAACCCGAGAGACAGUAAAUUUCCUGGGCGCCAUCCACUCUGCUUUAGAAAUUGGGACGAUUGACGAAAGUAUGAUCUGGGUCGAGAUUGGGCCUCACCCUGUUUGCACUGCUUUCGUACAGUCCAUCAUGGGACCGGGCAUCACUACUGCACCGACAUUGCGCCGGGGAGAGAACAAUUGGCAGACCGUCGCAUCAAGCCUAAGUACCCUUUAUUGUGCUGGCGUCAACCUGGAUUGGAACGAAUUCCAUCGUCCGCAUCAGGAAUCUGUGCGCCUGCUGGACUUGCCGACCUAUGCAUGGAAUGACAAGAACCACUGGCUGAUGUAUAAUGGGAACUGGAACUUGACAAAGGGUAACACCUAUUAUGACGCAGAGAAGGCGGCCCAGGGAGAUGCUGGAACAGCUCCCAUGGGAAUGAAUAGCGGGUUCAUCACUUCGACGGUUCAGAGGAUAACACAUGAGACCUACUCCACUACAGGUGGCAAGGUCGUCAUGCAAUCUGAUCUGAUGCAGCCUGAUUUCCUGGCAGCCGCAUGGGGCCAUCAGAUGAACGACUGUGGUGUGGUUACUUCGUCUAUUCACGCUGAUAUUGCUUUUACGCUGGGCAAGUACCUCUUCAAGAAAAUCAGACCUGGUGAAACACCAAGCGACAUGAAUGUAGCCAACCUUCACGUAGCGAAAGGGCUCGUAGCGCAGAAGAACACUACUGUUCCGCAGAUCAUACAAGUCUCCAUCACGAUCAAAAAUGUCGACGAUCGCAUCGCAGACCUGACCUGGAGUAACGUCUCUGCGAUAGGGGUGGUAGACGAGCCUUUCGCAACGGCGAACAUUCUAUUCGGUCCUGCCGACAGCUGGCUGUCUGAGUGGAGACCUCUACUCCACCUUGUGCAAGGUCGCAUUGAUACUUUGGAACAUCUCGCGGCAACUGGCGCUGCGAACCGUCUGUCGCGUAGCAUGGCAUACACGCUCUUUGCGGCCAAUUUAGUCAACUACGCUGACAAAUACCGCGGCAUGCAGUCUGUCAUUCUGCAUGGCCUGGAAGCCGUGGCCGAGGUCUGUCUCACGGCAGAGAACAGCGGGACAUGGACUGUGCCGCCUUAUUUCAUCGACAGCGUUGCGCAUUUGGCUGGCUUCAUCAUGAACGUGUCAGAUGUCAAUGACUGCCGUGGCAAUUUCCACGUCACUCCGGGUUGGGAUAGCCUUCGCUUCGCUGAGCCGCUGGUCGCAGGCGGUCACUAUCAGUCGUACGUCAAGAUGAUUCAAACACCUGAGGAUCCUACAGUUUAUUUGGGAGAUGUAUACGUGCUUCGAGCGGGCAUCAUCAUCGGCAUGUGUGGCGGCAUCAAAUUUAAGAGAUACCCACGUGUACUCUUGGACCGCUUCUUCUCCGCGCCAGAGGUCGCUGGCGAUGGGUCUCACACCAAAUUCUCGAAUAAGGUUGCUGUUCCACUUGCCGAAAGAACGUCUAAUAAGCCAGCUCCCGCCAUGUCAACCCCCGUUUCUACCACUGUCAAGCAGUCAGUCGAUGCAGCGCCUGUGUCCGUGACCAAGACUUCCGACCACAAAGAACCUCCUGCAAAGGCACAAGCUGUGGCUGUAAAUGCUGACAGUGUGACGUCUAAAGCCAUCGCACUUCUCGCUGCUGAAGCUCAGCUCGACGAAUCCGAUCUCAGUGACGAUGCUAGAUUCGAGAACCUCGGAGUCGACAGCCUGAUGAGUCUGGUCAUCGCAGAGAAGCUUCGCAAACAGCUUGGUGUCACUGUGAAUGGCAGCCUGUUUCUCGAAUAUCCGACCCUUGGCGACCUGAGGGCAUGGCUGAACGAGUACUACAGCUAA